AUGCGCUCGUCUCAGAAAAGAAAAAGAUCCCCAGAAAUCUCUCGUCGCCACCCAAUCACUCCUCGCACCUAUGGAUCCAGACCAGGAAAGGCACCUUAUGCAUCAAGCCGGGCUUUCAUCAACCUCGAGGGCUCAUUCCAGGCCCCAAGUCCUUCCACGGGUGAACAAGUACAAACUCCUUUCCCAGCAGCGUCCCAGGCCGAAUUUGAAGGCUCCCAGCUGUCCAAUGAGGACGAUCUCGGCCACAUCAUCGCUGCCAUUGAUAUAAAGGAUUACGGAACGAUGGGUUGUGCAUACUACUCAGCAGAGAAAGAGAGAAUGUACCUGUUGGCGGACAGCCGCUUGGGCGAACGAGAAACAAUUGAGGCUUUGAUACACCAGAUCAAGCCUACCGUCAUUCUAGUUUCCUCGCGUGUUGAUCUGGCAUGUCUGCUGGAACAAAGCCAAACUGCUGCUCAAGAAACAGACACCUCGUCUUACCUCCCGUAUCAGAUCGAUGCGCGUCCCUCUCAAGAAUUCAGUGUUACGAACGCCAAAGACAGAUUGGUCGCCCUCGAAGUGUCAUCGGCUCACGAGCAACGACUUCGUUUUCUUGUUCCCGAUAGCGGUAUCUCCGGUCCCGAAGAGAUGAAUCCCGAGGACAUGGGUUUUGGAGUUCACGAGGGUAGGCUGCUGCAUAUAUCCAGUUCGGUGGAUAUGGAUAAUCCUAUAACACUUGGCUGUGUCGGAGCUGUCCUUGGCUACCUACAGCGACGCAGAGCCACGGGUACAAGUAUAGACCCCAUUGGACCAACGGACGAAUGUCCAUUCCAAGUUCGGUCUCUGGAAAUGUUUAGCUUGGAGAACACGAUGUGGAUUGGAAGCAACACCUUUCAAUCUCUUCAAAUCAUUCAACACGAGUCUCAUCCGAAUCUAUUCAACCAGGGUCCAGGCACAAAAUCGUCUUCCAGCAAAGAGGGCCUGUCAAUCUAUGGUCUAUUUCAACGUUUUGCGCAUAGCCCCCAAGGGCGCUCCAAAUUGAAACAGAUCUUCAUCCGACCAAGUUUGGAUCCCAAAGUCAUAUCACAGCGCCACGAUUUCAUCGGGGUAUUUUCGCGGCCAGAUAACCAAGCUUCUUUGGACAAGAUGACGAAGGCAAUGAAGCAUAUCAAAAAUCUUCGGCCUGUGAUGACCAAUCUUCACAAGGGAAUCAGCACUGGAAGCGCAAAGAUUACUGGUUUCAAGACAACGGUGUGGGCGUUUCUGCUAGCUUUUGCAUUCUACUCGAUUGAUAUCCAGUCUUCUCUCAAAGAGGUAUCAGGUGCAGAAUGCCUACCUUUACAAGCGAAGGCACUCAAAAUAUUCGAGACGGCACAAUUAUACAAUGUGGGCCGAAUGAUCCAGGAAGUUGUCGACAUCGACAACUCAGAGGAGCAGGGCAGAACGGUCGUGAAGCAAGGUCUUGACCGAAAUCUCGACAUGAUGAAGGAUCGAUACGAUGGCCUUAGCAGCCUCUUGAAAAAUGUCGCCCUCGAGAUUGCCAUGACAAUCCCCGAGGAUCUCGACAUCGAUGUGAACGAACAGCCCGUGUAUUUCGGAACUGAUGAUUGGGAACUUGUUUUCACCACGGAGAACAGAGCCUACUUCAAGGACUUCCGAAUGAGAGAAUUAGAUGGGAAGCUGGGAGAUAUCUAUGGGCUCAUUUGUGAGAAGGAAAUUGAGAUCGUUUAUGAACUUGCGCAGAAGGUACUCCAGUAUGAGGAAAUGCUCGUUGAGGCAUCCGAUAUUUGUGGAGAGCUGGACAGUACUCUUGCACUCACACAAGCAGCUUUGGCCUACAAUCUCUGUCGACCGCGAAUCGUAUCAGAGAACGUCAUUAGCGUUAAGGGCGGCCGUCAUUUGCUGCAAGAGUUGACCGUUCCCUCUUAUGUUCCAAAUGAUACAUUGAUUAUAGGUGGCGAAGUAGCUUCCGAUUCUGACAAAGACUGCUCUCAGGCAGAUCAAGCUCCAAGCAUGCUCUUGCUCACGGGUCCGAACUACUCUGGGAAAAGCGUCUACAUGAAACAAGUUGCUUUGAUCGUUUACCUCGCUCAAAUUGGGAGUAGCUUUGUUCCUGCAGAGAGUGCCGAGCUUGGCAUCACGGACAAGAUCUUGACCAAAAUCAACACGCAAGAAAGUGUAUCGAAGAUACAAAGUACUUUCAUGAGCGAUCUCCAGCAGAUUUCCCUUUGUCUCAAGCAAGUGUCAGGACGCAGCCUGAUACUCAUAGAUGAAUUCGGAAAGGGAACCAAUGAAAGUGAUGGCAUUGGGCUAGCCUGUGGCGUGCUUGAAUACUUGCUAAAUAUGGAGGAUGCUCCAAAGGUCAUCGCCGCCACACACUUUCAUGAGAUUUUCGAGAACAGCUUUCUAGCACCACGUCCGAGACUUCAACUAGGACAUAUGGAGGUAAAGGUCUCCGAGGAGUCUCAAGAGGUGGAGGAUCAGGUUACGUAUUUGUACAACUUUCGCUCAGGUCGCAGCAGCAAGAGCUUCGGCACCAUAUGUGCUGCAAUCAACGGUAUUGAUGCGGCCAUCGUCGCCCGCGCGGAUGAGAUUGCAUCGUUUGCGGCUCGGGGCGAGAAUCUGAUCGCCGCAUGCGCCAUCUUGUCCACGGAAGAAUCAAGAUGCCUUCAACAUGCAGUAUGA